AUGUACAAAAAAGUAAUAAUAUCGAUACUAUUAAAUUUAUCGAAUUUCUUGACAAAUUCUUAUUUACUCGUUGACACACAUUAUAUAAAAUCUAUGUUAGAUAGAAAUAAUGUUGUCAACAAAGGGCUUUGGGUUAGAAAUAGGGCAGAUAUAAAAAAUCCUAGGGAUUUUAUCUUUCGCGCGAAUUCGCUAGAUGUCGAUAGUGUGCUACAGAAUAAUUUCGAUGCGUUUGGAGAUAAUAAUGUUCAAAAUUCACCGUUUCUUACUAGCUACGUUGAAAGGAACAAAAGGUCGCUGAAUCACAUAUCCACUACACCAUCUUAUAUAAAAAGGGAUAUCAAUAAUACUGUAGUUAUACCCAGACGCAAACAUAAUUACAAAUACGAAUUGAUAAAAGAUUCUGAAUAUAGAGAAAUUAAUAACACAGAUGUAAGCAAAAAGGAUUUAUUUAGAAGCGUUUUCGAUAAAGAGGAUAUAGCGUGGCAGAAUUCCGCUCCAAUAUCAAACACCAAUGCUUAUAAGGUAAUACCAAAAUCGCAAGAAAAUAUAAAGAAUAAACCUAUAACAGAGCGAGGUAUUAUCAAGGUACUGUCUAUACUGACUAAAACUUUCAAGAAAAUAAUGAAACAACAUAAUGAUAUUAAGAGAAUCCACAAAAAAUUGAAUAAUCUUAGUGAUAAUUUUGUCAAAAAUGUCGAAGAAUUAACAAAUAAAUUUGAAGAUUUCGAUUCAAAAUAUUCUCAAAUAAUGAAAGUCGAUCAAGAGUUGAAACAAGUCCUCGCAAUAUUAAAAGACAAGGAACACAACUUUCUGGUCAAAGAAAAGGAAAUGACGAAAAAUUUAAUUGAAUUCGAAAAUCAACAGAAGAAAUUCUUAGCGCAACAAAAACAGUUCUACAAUAUACAGAAUCUAAUGUUAGCGCAAAAUGAAAAGAUAAAUUUAAAACAGAACAUUAUAGCCAAAACCCAAAGCGAGAUAUCGCAUCGACAGAACAAUUUCGCCCGCAUCUUAAAAAAAGCUAAACAAAUUUAUAUUGAUACUAAAAAUUCUCCUAACAAAUUAGAUGCAAGUAUAACUAAAACAAAAGUUGGUUUAGUUAAGGAAAAAAUUGAACCAGCAAAUGAUGCAACAACAGUGCCUACAACAGAAUCAGUAAAAAUUAAUCUAUUCGCAAUACCUACAACGAGCGGUAUUAAAAAUCAGGAUCAAAUAUUAAUGAAAGAAAAAGAUGAACAUACAAUUGACGAUCUGAUAUUAAAGUAUUACUUUAACAAUACAUUUUUGGAUGCAAUUAUGAAAAGCAAGAUACUUUCCGCUUUUUUGAAUGAGGAAACCCCCAAAAAUACUAAGAAAAUUAAAAGAAAUCAAAUAAAAUUGAAUUCUACAAUACUCUUACCUGUCAAUAAACUUAAAAAAGGUAUUAAUAUAGAAAACAAAAUGAGGCAAAGAAGAUGGAUCAAACGAACUAAGAAAAACGUACACAAGAACGUUAAAAUCACAACAUCGAUACCAAAAACAAAUAUUAAAGAAAAUAUUGUGGAAACCGGAAACGCGGUACCAAUAAAUAAAAUAAUUUCAAGAACCGAAAAAGGCGAUCCAUUUAUGGCUAUGGCUUUAAGUUUUUGCAAAGAAAUAGGUCAAGAUAAUAGUUUACAAUCUAUUAAUUGGUGCGUCGAGAAGACGCUGAGAAGACUACAAGUAAUAGGCUUGAAAAUGGCGUCAAUCACGCCACCUUUAAAUCUGACGGAAAAACAAAAUAGUUCACAAAACGGUACUUUAACAACUUCAAGAACAGUUAUUGAAAAAAUGUCUGUUUUAGAUAAUGAUGAACUGGAGAAUAAGCUAAAAGAAUACGAACUGCAGCCAGAUCCCGAAGGCACCGUGUAUUACGAUGGCAGCUUGCAUUCCAGCGACCUUGGACCAGAUAGUGAUGGCUUCUCAGACAUAAUGCCAGGACUGGAUAGUGACUCGAGGGUUCAAGUGGAUCCAAUUGCACUUGACCUUCAAUCACAAAGAAGAGCUAGUGUUAGAAAAAUAAACGAAAGGAUACUUAAAAUGAAAUUUGGUUGAUUUGGAAAUAACCCAUUACAGUUUAUAUUAUAUUGAACAAUAUUUUUUUUUAAUCUGUAUAAUAAAUGGUAUGCUUAUAUUAAA